UCUCUCAAUUCCAACAGAAACAAAAGAAAAAAGAGGAAGAAUAAAACAAAGUCCAAAUUUGAAGCUGAGGUUGUCUGCUCCUCCAUGGUAGAGCAAUUCGUGACGUAAAAUGGUGGUGGGAAGCCAUUCGAGCCAUGGUGUUCAUCGUCAAUGGAGAUCAUUUCAUGAUUUCUCCACGGCCGGGAAAAUAAUAAUCUCCCUCGAUGUUGGAUUAAAUGGAAGCAAAAGCUACUUAUUCAUGAAGCGACUUCUGGAGCCCAGUUAGACACUUUUUGGCGGAUCCAAAUCCUUGUUUCCUUUAAAAACCCAACGAAAAAUAUCCGGCAGCUCCACUUUUUGUUGCACACGGACUUCCCUUGUCACUGCUAGUGUGAACUGUGAACCGAUUUUUCUCCAUUUUUGCACUUUUUUUUCGUUCUUUUUUCAGUUUUUGGGCUCUCUGUGUUUAAUCUUUUCUCAUCGUCUUCUCCAAAUCCUGAUCGUUGACUUGGAGAUAUGGGUUCCAGAAUCGUCCCCUGUUCUAAGAGCUGGCGGAGCUCGCUUCAGAUUCCGGCACCAAUUUCUUCUUCGUUUUCGAAAGGGUCGUCGUUUUCGGUUUCUUUUCCUUCUGUGACGAAACCCAGUGGAAGAAGUAAUGGAGCUCUGGGAUGCGGCUUCGUUCGUUGGCUGAACUCUUCCGGGUCGGGGAAUUCGAAACGUCAACGUACUUCGAACCAAGUUUGCAGAGCAAAGUUUGAUGAUUUUUCGUACGAAGAAUUGUCGAACCAGAUUGAGGAAUUGGCGCAAGGGUUCAAUCUUUCCGAGGACGAUGAUGAGAACGUCGACGAACCGGCUUUCUUGGCGUCGAAAACUUCAAAAAUCUCUCCGAUUUCGACUUACCCAGAAGGCGAAAACAGCAAAGGCAGCGGCUUUUCGAUGCGGUUUUCGAGCUUGAAGCUCAAUGCAUUGGAACCCUCUCUGCUGGGGAUUCAUCCGGAGCCGCCGGACUGGCCGGAGAGAAGCGAAAUCGUCAGAGCCACCAUGGAAAGAAAGGCCAACAGCCUCGAGCUUCCGGUGUCGCUCCGGUUAAUCAAGAAGAAGCAGCGGCAGCAACGGGAGGAGGGUCCAAAAAGAGAAGCCGGGGAAUUUACUUUUUGCUCCCUGAACAAGGCAUUCUCUUCCAUGGUGUUUAUAAUCCGUGAGCUCCAUAGCCAUGCUUUGAGUAUAAGGGAAAGUUUGUACUCUGAAGAUCUGCAGGAGGUUAUAGCCAAGGUGCAGAAGCGAGAGAUGAACAUGUCGUUUGUGUGGUUGUUUCAGCAGGUGUUUUCGGGGUCCCCGACUUUGAUGGUUUACGUGAUGAUCUUGCUGGCGAAUUUCAGCGUGUAUUCGAUGAAUUGCAAUGCUGUCGUUGCAGCACCUCUGCCUGUAUUGAUUGAGACUUUGACCGAGACUGAGACAGAGGAAAAACCCUACUCAAAACCCGAUUAUGUUUCCGAUGACGAUUCUACUAGGGUUGUGAAGAAGACCUCGAAGGAGGGCGAUUUUCGUGACAAUGUGAGCACAGAAACUUCAUUCAGGCAUGCCGUUGUUGAUAUCGAGAAGAUGUAUGGCAUUUCCUUGUUCAAUGGUGAGGAGUUCACGGCAGAGGAGGAGGUGAAGUUGUGGAGCUCUGUGAUGGAGGAAGCUUCAAGAAUGCAAUCAGAAGUAAGGGAUGAGGCUCUUGAUCACGAAACGGUGCAGAAAUUUGUGUCACCGAUAACAGUGACUGUCGAGCCGGAUUAUCAUGAGCACUACUUUAGAACUGAUCUUUUGUACCAGAUGGGUUUAGCUCAGGAUCCUCAUAAUGCACUUCUGCUCUCAAACUAUGCACAUUUCCUCCAUGUCGUGGCUCGCGAUCACGAUAGCAGGGCCGAGGAGUGCUUCAGGCGCGCAGUGCAAGGGGAGAAACCAGACGCUGAGGCCUUGAGCCGGUACGCAGACUUCUUGUGGUUGGUAAGGAAAGACAUGUGGGGCGCAGAAGAGAGGUACCAGCAAGCAAUGGCAGAGGAGCCCGACAAUCCCUUUUACGCCUCCAAGUAUGCCAAUUUCCUUUGGAGCACCGGCGCCGAAGAUACUUGCUUCCCUCUCAGUACAUCCUACGAUAACUACAACAAAGUUUUGUAAUUUUGCUAAAUUUUGACGGGGUACCGAUAUCCGGCACUGCCAGGGAUGUAUUCCGGCCCCGAGUAAAUUAUCUAUCUAUAGGAAAGAAUGCGACGGAGAGAAUAAAAAUGUCAUUCUCGUUCUAGACCGGAAUAAUCGCAGACUCAUCGCCUCUCUUAGUUUUGUAAUCCAGUUUGAUCGCAAUAAGAAAUGUGUCUGACAUUGAGUUUUGAUGAA